AUGCUGUUCCUUGGAUCAAACUCCCUACUCCUUCCAACACCGCUUGAGCCUUCAGUUGCUCAACCAAUCGCAGUGAACUCAAUAAUCCAAAGAAACCUCUACCGAUACGCAAAGGUCGAGCUGGGCAUAUACCUUCUGUUGGACUCUGAACCAACAGAGAGCAAUGGCAAUCAAUCCUCCCUACCCAUCCAUGGACAUCAAUUUUCUUCCUCAACUGAGGACUACUGGAACGAUUGCUCAGAAACUUCGAUCUCAUUCGAUGAAUUGAUCCCCGCUCACCUUUACACCCCUCGCCGAUUGCCUUUAACUCAAUUGAUCAAAAACUGGUGGCGAUACCGUUAA